AUGGAGGCAUUACAAAGUCGCAUAAUUGUUGGAGGUGAAAAUUUAUUAGAAAAAGCUGAAAUACAAGAAAAAUUAUUAGAAAAAUCAGCGAUUGAAUUACAAAAACAACAAUUACGUGCGGAACAAUUACAUCAAAAAUUAAAAGAAAAAGAGGAAGAACGUAUCAAUAUUGAAGAAAAAUAUAAUAAUCUACAGGAAGAAGCUGCCGGGAAGCGUAAAAAACUACGUAAAUUAAGUACAAUAUAUUUGCAAGCCAAGUCGGAACUUGAAGAUAUGAAAAAUGAACACGUUCGUGAAAUGGAAGGCUUAGUAGAUAAUAUACGUCAAUUGGAAAGAGAAUUGGCUCGUUAUACUCUAAUCAUCGAUCGAUUUAUUCCACAAUCAUACCAAAUAAACACAUUCUAUGAUAACGAGGCAACGUUAGACCAAUUUUGUAAUAAAAUCUCGGCUUCUAUACAAGUCACUACACUAUAA